GCGGGCGGCGCGGGGCCGCCGCCAUGCCGAUGAAGGGGCGCUUCCCCGUGCGGCGGACGCUGCAGUAUCUCAGCCAGGGCGACGUCGUUUUCAAGAGCUCCGUGAAGGUUAUGACCGUGAACUACAACACGGCGGGGGAGCCGAGCGAGGGGGCGAGGAAGUUUGUGUUUUUCAACAUCCCCCAGAUCCAGUACAAAAACCCCUGGGUGCAGAUCAUGCUUUUCAGGAACAUGACGCCUUCGCCCUUCCUCCGUUUCUACCUCGAUAGCGGAGAACAAGUUUUGGUUGAUGUGGAGGAUAAAACCAACAAGGAGAUAACUGAGCACAUUAAAAAAAUUCUGGGCAAAAGCAAAGAAACACUUGAAAAAGAGGAAAGAGAGAGAGAAAAACUGUCACAUCCUGCAACUUUUGGGCCCAAGAAGUAUCAUCUGCAAGAGUGCAUGUGUGAAAUUGAAGGCCAGGUUCCUUGCCCUGCCUUUGUGCCACUGCCCAAAGAGAUGAGAGGAAAAUACAAAGCUUCACUGAAAAAUGAAUCAUCUGCCUGAAAUCUCAGGUCAUACAGCUGUGUUUCCUCAGGGCUGGAUGAUCACGGUGGUUCUUCAGAGACAAGUGUUAACAAAUCCUGGAAAUGGGAGCAAGUUCAUGUGAUACUGACAUCCCCAUCUCAUUACAGCCACAGCUAGAAUAAUUAUUGUGAAAAAUAUUAUCAAAUAAAUGUAAGUUUAAAAAAAAAAA